AACAGUGAAUGUGUUACAGUGACGAGCCGUUCACAGCUGGUGAAGACACAUUACAGUAGUGUCUUAAGUAAUCUUUAUCUGUUGUUUUGCAUCUAUUAAACUUCAUAUGAGGAAAGUCGCAGGAAACCAUACUCACCCAAUGCUUCACAAUGAAUCUUACAGCAGUGAACCAAACUGAUAUGUGCGAGGACUACUCGUGUCCAGAGAGAUCUGUUUCUUUAUCUGUCUAUGUGAUUCUGUAUGUGGCCGCAGCAGCUGUGGCUCUUCUGACCGUGUGUGGAAACCUGCUGGUCAUCAUCUCUGUUAGUCACUUCAAGCAGCUCCACACACCUGCCAACAUCCUCAUCCUCUCUUUGGCUGCGUCUGAUUUUCUCACUGGAGUGUUUGUGAUACCACUUCAUUUGUCUUUGGUCAUUGAAUCAUGCUGGACUUCUGGAUCAGUCAUGUGCUUGGUUUUUAAAGUUGUGAACUUUCAGGCAACAAGUGUUUCUGUUCACACUGUGUCUUUAAUAGCUGUCGAUCGCUUCUUGGCUUUGAGUUUUCCCUUUUUUUACUCUGAGAAAAUCUCACUGACUGUGGUCUGUACAGCAACUCUGCUAAACUGGUUGUUUUCACUCAUUUAUAACUUCACUCUUCUGUAUGUUAAUGGAAACUUCACUGAUGUUGUGCGUCCAGCAGUGUGUUUUGCCAUCACAGAUGGGAUUUCAUCAAUUAUUGAUCUUCUGCUUGUGUUUGUAAUGCCAUGUACGCUCAUUAUAAUAUUAUACACUCAUGUUUUUGUCAUUGCUAAGAAACAUGCGACUGCUAUAAGAGCCCUUCAGGUUCACAACAGCACAGAAUCCUCUAAGAACAAAAUCAGCGACAAAUCAGAGAGAAAAGCUGCGAUGCUGCUGGGGAUUCUGGUCUUUGUGUUUCUCCUCUGUUUGCUGCCGUAUUAUAUUACAGCUUUAGCGAUACCAUACAAUAGUGAAAACACACUUCAAAUCAGAGAUGUUGCUGUGAUAUUUUUCUUUCUGAACUCCACCAUUAAUCCCAUCAUUUACGCUUUAUUCUAUUCCUGGUUUCAAAAAAGCAUCAAAUUAAUUUUCACAUUUAAAGUCUUUCAUAAAGACUCCUCGCUGAUGAAUGUGAUGUAGGUCACAGAAUUAAAAAUAAAAGACUCCCUUCAGUUUUCCUGUUUUCAUAAUACAUGCAUUAUUAUGUUUUGCAAUAUAGUACUAAACAUUAGCAUGAAAACAUAUAUAUUGUUUUCAUUUUAUCCCAGUGUACGGUUUAUAUUUUCAAUUCCUUCAUGUCACAUGAAUGCAAUCAUAGUUUAUAUAACAAACUAAAUGGUAAAAAGCAAAACAGGUCAAAUAUGAAGUGAGUUUUGAAAGACAACCAUUGCAGCUGAUCCAUUGUUUACAUUAUAAAUCAAGUUAAUAAAUUAUAUUUGUAUAAAUAAAUGUGUUGUAAAUGUGUAUAGCAUCCUAUGGUUUAAAACAGUAUGUCUUCUUAAAUAAACAAUAAAUUAAGUAGACACCA